CCAGGACAGACAGAGCUAUACAGAGAAACCCUGUCUCAAAAAAAUAAAAAAUUUAAAACGAGAAAGCAUCAUGAUUUUUUUAUGGAAGAAUGCAAUUCAGAAGGACCAAGAAAGAAGGGAGGAAAUGAAAUAAAUUAUAUUAAACUCUGUCAUGUUUUUGUGGGAUCCUUGAAGGUGCAAGUGAUUAAUGGCUGUGAUUAAGAUGUGAGUAGACCUUAGCUUACUUCAAGCUGGCAUAAAACUCUGUAGCACAGGGGUAAGAAGGAAAUGAGUUCAAGGAGGCCAUUUCCUAAAGCAGUGUUAGUACAGCUUUGUUUUUAACACAUUUUCUACUAACUAGAAAGAAGCCCUUUAGAGGAAUGACAGCUAGUUUAGAUUCACUGUUCUUGGAAAAGCAGGGUACUCUGAGACUAGAUGCACCCUCCCCUAUAAUUGGCUAGCACACUCUGAAGGGGAGACAAAGCAGGAAGAGUACAAAAGUCCUGCCCAACUUUCUUGUUUCUGCUGAAGAAGCAGGAGUAGACCUUGAACCAAGAGCACAGCCGAGGGCUCAUCCUCUCCGGAGCAGUGAGUGCAUCCACUGGACACGGGAUUUUCUGAUGAAGCUGGGGUUGGGUUUCAUGUGAAGAGCCUGGAGCACGGUGAAGGGUGCUCCCUGCAGCUGAACUUCAGUAAACAAAUCCACUGGACACAGGUGUUUCUGGGAAGACCUUGUAGAUGGCUAUUACACUGUAGUCUGCAUCACAAAACCAGGAGCUAGAAUAGAAAGAAGGAGAAGGGAAAAGUGAAGAGUGCCUUUUUUUUCUCACAAUCAUGGGUCAGCGCUUCUCUAAUACACCUAAUGAUGAAGACAAUGGAAAUUUGCCAUCCAGCUUCACUAAAUAUUUUAAGAACUAUAAGCCAGAAACCAAAAUCAUUUCUGAGGAAAUCACCCAUUCAAUAGAGUUACGCCUGAAAAACGGGGAUCUCCAGGGGGCAAACUCUGUAAUCAGUAAUGUCUUAAAAGUUAUUGAUAAUGCCAAAAUAAAUAUUGCUGUGACAGGAGAGUCUGGAUCAGGGAAGUCCAGCCUCAUCAAUGCCCUGAGAAAGGUUAAACAUGCAGGGGAAAGUUCAGCUACAGUAGGGGUAACAGAGACAACCAUGGAGAUAAAGCCAUACGAACACCCCAAAGUCAAGAAUUUGAUUUUAUGGGACUUGCCUGGUAUUGGAACCCCUAACUUUGAACCAAACAAUUAUCUAGAAAAAGUAGAGUUCAAAAAGUAUGAUUUCUUCAUUAUUGUUUCUUCCCCACGAUUUACAAAACAUGAACUAGACCUGGCCAAAGCAAUCAUAAUGAUGAAAAAGAAUUACUACUUCGUAAGAACCAAGGUGGACAUUGAUCUAAAAAAUGAAGAGACAUGUCAUCGACAUACCUUUGACAGAGAAAAAACCCUGAAUCAGAUCCGAAAUUACUAUCUGGAUAGCUUUAGGAAGAGUAAAAUUAAUGAACCUCAGGUUUUCUUGAUAUCGAACCAAGAUUUAUCUAACUAUGAUUUCCCAGUCCUGAUGGACACCCUGAUUAAGGACCUUCCUGCUGAAAAGCGCCACAAUUUCCUGCUUUCCAUUCCUAAUAUUACUGAGGCAGCCAUUCAAAAAAAGUACAACUCUGCUAAGCAGUUUAUCUGGCUAAGUGCCAUGAAGGAUGGACUUUUCGCAACUUUUCCUAGAAUGGGCAUUUUAAAUGACUUGGAUAUGAACAAGCUGAAGAAGCGUUUAAACUUCUACCGAGACCUCUUUGGAGUAGACGACGAAUCCCUAAUAUCCAUUGCUAUGGAUGCCCAAAUGCCUAUUAGACAACUGAAAAAAAAACUUAAAUCUCCUUAUUUGUUGGAAUUUAACAAAGAGGAAACAUUAAGAGAAUUGCUUUUGAAGGGUAUGGCAAUAUUUACCUCUGCUAAUGGUGGGCUCCUGGCAACAGGUCUUUACUUCACGAAAACCUAUUACUUAGAAUUUCAUUUUCUUAAUACAGUGGCUGAAGAUGCCAAAGUUGUCCUUAAAGAAGCAUUUAGGAGAAUGCCAGGGCCAGUAAGCAGGAGAGGGUAUCCAGCAAGGGGAGUGGGGAGGAGGAGGGUACAGGGGUUUGUUCUUGUUAUUUUGGGGGGGUUGGUUUUUUUGGGGUUUUUUUGGGUUUUUUUUUUGGAGGUGAAUCUGGGAAAGGAGAUAUCAUAUGACAUGUAAAUAAAGAAAAUAUCUAAUAAAAUAAAAUAAAAUAAAUAACUCAAACUCAAUUUGCUCACAGCUACUAGCAAUCAAAAGACCAACUGGUUUAUACCAGGAAAGCAUAGAUGAAUUCCCGCUCUGACAUCUUUUCUUUACACUAGCCAAUCCACUACGACUAUGGGAAAACCUAAGGACUAGGGUCAUAGGUAAUACUAUGUCAGACCCUGACAAUCCCCAAUCCCUCUUCAACUCUCUACAUACCCUAAAAUCUUCUUCUCUGUAUUUGAACUCUACGUGCAUGCUUGGACACACACACAAAUAAACACACACACACACACACACAUGCUGAGCUCUGUGUCACUACUAUACUUCCUUAAAAUAAUUUUCUAUUGUAACCUCUACCUCUCUGGAACUUGUGUACAAUAAUUCCUUUCUUUUCAUGCAUCCUGCUCUGAUGUGCUCAUUACAUUUCACAAAGGACACAUGCAUACACACACACACAUACACACACACACAUAUACACACACACAUACAACCACACACACCUUGAACAUUACUUCUCGCCCUCAGUAAGCUUGUGUUAGAAAGUAACUAGCAUGACUGACAGAUUCUAUCAACAAGAAGACUUUAAGAACCAAAGUAAAAGAAACCAUAACCACCAAUUACAAGUUUGCUAUUGACCAAUCAAUUUAUUUUCUUUCUUUUUUUUUUUUUCUUUUUUGAGACAGGGUUUCUCUGUAUAGCCCUGGCUGUCCUGGAACUCACUCUGUAGACCAGGCUGGCCUCAAACUCAGAAAUCUGCCUGCCUCUGCCUCCCAAGUGCUGGGAUUAAAGGCAUGGGCCACCACCUCUAACCUGACCAAUCAAUUUCUAAAACUACCUAUCAGAAUCCUUCUAGAGACAAUAAAGAACAUCUGUAAUUCUGUCCCAGGACCGGUGAAGAAUCCUGAGGUCCUUCUUUCUAUCAUUACCUAUCUUGGUUAUGAUCAUGAAGAACUGCUAUGAUACCUAAUAAACUGUUGAUUACAAAGAGA